AUGCCCAGCGAGUCCAGAAAUACCAUACUCACCAACCAAAAUAACCCAAUCAUUCCACACAAAUAUCCAAUUGAGAUGUCUAAAGUAUACAUCAACGGUAAGGUAUUCACCGUUUCUGCAGCCAACGAAUGGGCCGAGGCCUUUGUCGUCACUGAGGACGGCACCUUUGGCGAUGUCGGCACCACUGUGGAGAUCCUCAAUGCAUACCCCAACUCCCAAGUGAUCGACCUUGAAGGUCAGUUUGUGAUGCCAGGCAUGCACGAUGCCCACUGCCACUUGUUGAUGGCUUCUGAAGAGAAGUUGUUCGAGGCCAAGCUUGGAUCGGACUCUACCCCGGAUGAGAUCGUCAAGAAGUUUAAGGAGUACUCCUCUGGUGCCUGUAACCACUUGGACACUGUUUCCAACUGGUUGGUCGGCAACUUCUACCAUUAUGCUAAUUUCAAGGAUGAAAAGCCCGAUAGACAGUUUUUGGAUGACGCUUUUGGUGACCAGCCUGUCGUGAUCAGAGAGUACACCACCCACAACAUCUUCGCCAACACCGCCGCGUUGAUCGCUGCAGGAUACGAGGAAAACCCAGUUGACCCAUGGGACGGUUACUAUGUCCGCAGAGAAGACGGUACCAUCACUGGUGAGCUGGUUGAGGGUGCUGCAACCAGAAUGUUCUCUUCGUUGCCAAAGGGAAGACCCGAGGACAAUAUCACCGCUCUAGAGUACGGAGUCAAAAUGGCCAACCGGUUUGGUUUCACUGCUGUUCAAGAAGCCUCUGCAAACACUGUUUACCUGGAAGCGGCCAAGGCUUUGGAAGAGAAAGGUGCACUAACAAUCAACCUGGACGCACAUGUGGUGUUUUAUGGAGUUGGUGCUUUUCCCCAGGAAGACGUCGGAUCGCUCCACCACACUCUUUGGAAUGCCAAACACUACAAGUCCAAGCAUUUCAACCCAAUGUUCACUAAGUGCUGGAUCGACGGUGUUCCAUGGCACCCUCACGAGACCCACUGUCCGCUCACCGAGGAGGGAGAGGUAGACUAUUCCAGGCUGUUGAUCCCACAGGAGACCUUUAAGAAGGCCAUCGAGCGGUUCGACUCCGAAGGCAGAACCUGCAAAGUGCACGUUUGUGGCCAGGGCUCCGCUAAGUUCGCACUGGAUUGUUUCGAGGAGCUUCGCAAGCGCAGACCCGAUGGAGUAAGACACGAACUGGCCCAUAACAUGAACGUCACAGACGCCGAUUGUGCACGUUACAAGAGACUCAACAUCACUGCUGAAAUGUCACCGGCAAUUUGGCACGAUUCAGACUUCCAACCAGAGGUCAACCCAGGCUCAGUUUACCCGUUCAACACCUUGCAGGACAACGGCGCUUUGCUCACAAUCGGCUCGGACUGGGUGUUUGCACCAGACACUCCCAACAUUUUCCCUGGUUUGCAGGCAAUUAUGGAGAACAAGCACGGCUGGAACAUGAAGAGAAAGGACGUGUUGAGGAUUGUGACUCUUGACGGAGCCACUGCAGUUGGCCGCGAGAAGAACGAAGGGUCCAUCGAGAAGGGCAAGCUUGCCAACUUUAUUAUCACUGAUCGCAACAUGGUGGAGGCUCCUUCCAUUGCCGAUACCAUCGUUUUGAAGACCUUCUUUGAAGGUAAGCAGGUGUACGACUAUGAGACCGACGAGUUGAAACACUUCCAGGGCAAAGUCUGA